AUGGCUCACGAAAGCACUAAGAAAACGUUAUUAAUUGAAGUCGAGGCCUUAUACAACAGCCAAGACAGGACCAGGAGAGAGCAGGCUAAUGCCUGGCUACAAACAUUUCAGAAAACGGUAUUACUCGUGCUCACUGUUGGCAAAGGAAAUCUUUUACCAUAUUUUUCUCACGACAAUUUUACUUUUAUUCGUUGUCUAUGUGAUUUAUCAAUUGAAAAGGCAGAAGCAUGGACAAUAACUGACCAGUUGCUGAGAGACCCUAAUAUUACUGAUUCAGCACGAUACAUAGCGGCACGAACGCUGCGGCAAAAGAUUACCUUAGAUCUUCAUCAGCUCGAUGCAGCAGCCAGCAUAUCUCUACGCGACUCAUUACUUGCAUUAUUAUAUGAGUACCGCGCUGGGCCCCGUUAUAUAAUAACUCAGAUAUGCGUUUCUCUUGCUGCGUUGGCACUUCAGAUGUCUGAAUGGCGGAACGUACUACCGCAAAUCACCGAUUUAUACGGAAAGAAUCCGGAGACUAUUAACUGUUUAUUAGAAUUCUUGAAAGUUCUUCCAGAAGAGAUCAAUGAAAAUAAGCGUAUACCUAUUUCGAGCGAGGAUUAUCAUGUGCGAUCGCGAGAACUUCUGACCGACAGCGCGGAACAAGUGUUGCAAUUGUGUUUAAUAUAUCUUCAGAACUCGGGUCCAAAUACAAGUGAUCAGAAACGCGUGUUUGAAGUCCUAUUAAGUUGGCUCUAUUCGGGAGAUAUUGCCAUUAAUUCUCUGGAGACAAGUCCUUUGCUGGAAUAUACUUUCAAGGCUCUAGACUCUGAAGAGCUCUUUGAUACUGCUGUUGAUGUAGUAUGUGAGAUUCUCCUAGCUUCUCAGGACUUUAAUGACUGCAUGCCAGUAAUUGAGAAGAUAUAUCCAAUGUUGGCUGCGUUGAGCGAGCCACUUAAGAAAGCCGUUGUUGAGGAAGAUGAAGAAGAUAAUGUUCGCGGCUAUUGUCGGAUAUUUACACAAGCGGGGGAAUCAUAUCUGCCAUUAGUUGUACGGCAUCCGGAAGCAUUCCAGAGUAUCGUUGAGGGCAUAGGGAUAUGCACGGCUUACAAUGAUUUAGAGAUCGUUAAAAUAACAUUUAACUUUUGGCAUCGAUUGGUUGAUGCUCUCGACUACGAGCAAAACGCGAACAUUCCGUUGCCAUUCAAAGAAAUAUAUUCUAAUCUUGUUGAUGUAAUGAUUAAACAUUUACAUUAUCCUAAAUCCCUGUCUGAUUGGACGGCAGAGAAGCGCGACGAAUUUAGAGAAUUCCGCCAUGUGAUGGGUGACGUAUUGAAGGACUGUUGUCGAGUCCUAGGGUCACAGGCUUGCCUGUCGAAGGCUUAUUAUAAGUUAGAUCAACAUUUAAGAAAUACUGCCAACGGAAGUACAGUCGAUUGGCAGGAAAUAGAGGCGCCCUUAUUUUCAUUACGAGCAAUGGGGUCAGAGAUUGAGGAAGGCGAAAACGUUGUUUUGCCUCAGAUUAUGUUUCUAUUGCAACAAUUGCCUGAUCAUCCCAAAAUCCGAUAUGCCGCGACAUUAGUUGUUGCUCGGUAUUCCUUCUGGACGAAGACCCAUCCAGAGUUGAUUGAUUAUCAAUUGACUUUUAUUACAGGUGGUUUUGAUAACGAUGAAGUUGCGGCCGCGUCUGCGCUAGCGUUCAAGUUCUUAUGCAAGGAUUGUAGUGAGCUAUUAAUAGACUACCUACCUCGCUUAAUACCGUAUUACUUUGACCUAAUCAAAAAGCUCCACGGAAUGGAUAUGCUCGAAGUAACGGAAGCUGUAUCACAUGUGAUAGCGGCAGUGCCAUUACCCAAACUAUCCGAACCCGUUAGCCUCUUUUGCCACCCGAUGGCUCAACGACUGCAGGAAAUAGCUGCGAAAGGUCCGGCCGCAAGCGAAUCCGAGAUUAGGGAAGCGUGUGGUAGGGAUUUAUUACCAGAUGUGAAAAUAUAUCAACCCACAUUCUCUUACAUUCCGGCUGAAUUACUACCAAAAAAUAUCGCAGAUAAGAUCGAACAAAUAGCUCUUGUGCUCAAAAUUAUUGCUGAGCGUCGUGAGGAAGAAAAGGUGGCCGAAAAUUCGAGUGGAGACGUGCAUCCAUGUAUUGUUCUCAUACAGCAAAUGUGGGAAUCGAAGAUAUUUGACAUGCUGUUUGCGAAUUAUGCUGCACAUAAGCAACUGUCAGAGUCAUUGGCAAGACUGUUGAAGUAUUGCGUGGUCUCGUAUUCGAAAGAUUUUCGACCAAUGUUGCCUACGCUGAUGGAGCGGCUAAUUACUGCGUUUGGCCAGACCGCAUUGAGUUGUUAUUUGUGGGUAGCGACCAAGUGCGUAAGAGAGCAUGCCGAUGGAGAAGGCAAUCCCGUGACGUUAGCUUUAAUUAAUUUUGUUUCGCGGUUAAGCACAGUCAUGUUUAGUACUCUUUCCGAAGCGCAAGUUAACAAUAUUCCUGAUGUUAUUGAAGAGUAUUUCCGUCUCAACAUUGCUUGCGUUGACGUUUUUCCCGCAACUUUUGUUCAAUCCGGCAUAUUACCGCCAACGUUCCAAGCUGGAAUAGAAUGUCUGUCAAUAGAACAACCCGAUACUCUCGUGGCUGUCCUGACGUUCUUCUCUAAACUUCUAUCGUACGCAAUGACACUCAAAGAAUCUCAACAACCGGCUGUAGCCGACCUAACCUCGGUUAAUGUUUCAUCAUCUCAACCACCGUCUGAAGUAGCCAGACACAAUCUUGUACACAUCGAGACGGUAAUACGCCAGUUUGGUGGCGAGUUGACGUAUAAGCUGUUGUACGGCAAUUUGUAUAUAUUCCCUCGUGACUUUCAGACAGAUGUUGACAGUUGCUUCAAGUACAUGGUAAAAUUGCUGCCGCUGGAGAGCCAGCAAUGGAUGUUGGAUGCGGUUCAACGGUUACCAGAGACGAAUUUAACUGCAACGGAAAAGAACAAGUUCGUUAUGGAUUAUAACGCGCAAAUCCAAGCUCGAGAUUGGAGUAGAUUGCGACGAGUUUUGAAUGAUUUUACUGCCAUAUACAGACGCAGAUAUGUAACACCACGAAGGAAUAGAGGAGAUGCAUUAUGA